UCCCAUAUGGACAGCUGAAUGUUAACUGAUGUAAUUAGCAAGAAGUUCAGGGUUGAGAAAGGAAGCAGAGGUACGCUUGCAGAAUUUCCCACAUCCCUUACGUUAGCUGCUCUCCCCCCACCCUCCCCUGUAGGCUUACAAGUACGCAUGAGCAGAUGGGAUUAAUGUGAGGAAUUCCUUAUUGACAUCCGGCAGAGGCCGAUGAAAGAUGCUACACAUGUGAAUGAAGUUCAUUGUUCUUGAAAAAGUAGGCAUAAAGUUUGCUCUCAAGCCAAGCUGUCAAGUUGCUAUUGUGACUGCUGCUGCUUUAUCUCUUGAGAACUGAUGAGAUUUCUCCAGUCUCAGAUUCCUCAUUUGUAUAAAACUUGACUUUCCUGAAAGAGAUCAUGGAGUGUUGUGCACAUUUCUGGAGAUACCCAAUUUUAGUUCUAAUUUUCUACUUGAUGCUGAAGCCAAGUGGAUUGGAUGCUUCGAUCAGCUACAAGCCCAAUAUUGUCAUCUUAUUGGCUGAUGAUUUAGGCAUUGGAGAUAUAGGCUGCUAUGGAAAUACUACAGUGAGGACUCCUAAUAUUGAUCGGUUAGCAAAAGAGGGGAUAAAACUUAGUCAGCAUGUUGCUGCAGCUUCCCUUUGCACACCAAGCAGAACUGCUUUCUUAACUGGAAGAUAUGCAAUACGGUCAGGUAUGGAGGAAACCGCUGGUUAUCGUGUUCUUCAGUCACUUGCUAGUUCUGGUGGUCUUCCUCCAAAUGAGACCACAUUUGCAAAGAUAUUGCAGAAGCAAGGCUACAGCACAGGUUUAAUAGGAAAGUGGCAUCAAGGUAUGAAUUGUGAAUAUCGUAACGACUAUUGCCAUCAUCCAUUAAAUCAUGGAUUUGAUUAUUUUUAUGGGAUGCCAUUUUCACUAAUGAAUGAUUGCCAAAUCUCGCAUCCCUCUGAGUUGAAUCUGCCACUGCAGAAGACACUCUGGCUUUAUACUCAGAUAAUUACCCUUGCUCUGCUGACCUGUGUAGUAGCAAAAUUAACUCAUCUUGUUUCUCUCAGUUGGAAAGCCAUCCUCUGUUUGGCUUUGUUUGACUUCUUCUUCUUUAUAUCCUGGUACUCAAGAUUUGGUUUUUUGAGAUAUUGGGAGUGUAUUAUAAUGAGAAACUAUGAUAUUAUAGAACAGCCAAUGAAAGUAGAAAGAGCUGCACCUUUUAUGCUGAAAGAAGCCCUUUCCUUUAUUAAAAGAAGCAAACAAGGUCCAUUCCUCCUCUUGGUUUCUUUCUUGCAUGUUCAUACACCUCUGGUUACUACAGAAAAUUUUAUUGGCAAGAGCAAUCAUGGAUUAUAUGGUGAUAAUGUAGAAGAGAUGGACUGGAUGGUGGGAAAAAUUUUGGAUACGCUUGAUAAAGAAAAUUUGAAAAACAGUACUCUGACAUAUUUUACUUCUGACCAUGGUGGACAUUUAGAGGCUCGGGAAGGAAAUAUUCAACGAGGUGGUUGGAAUGGUAUUUACAAAGGUGGAAAAGCCAUGGGAGGUUGGGAAGGAGGAAUCCGUGUUCCGGGAUUAUUUAGAUGGACAGGAGUGCUGCCAGAAGGCAGAGAGAUUGCUGUACCAACAAGCUUAAUGGACAUCUUUUCCACAUUGGUUUACUUGGUUGGUGAAACAGUGCCACAAGACAGGGUAAUUGAUGGCCGAAAUUUGAUGCCUUUGCUGCAGGGACUGGUUCAGCAUUCAGAACAUGAAUUUAUGUUUCAUUACUGUGGAAUAUACUUACAUGCAGUGCGGUGGUAUGAAAAGGAGAGCGGAAAUGUGUGGAAAGCCCAUUAUGUCAGCCCUAUUUUCCAACCUGAAAGAUCUGGAGCCUGUUAUGCCAGUAAGUACUGUCCGUGUUCUGGAGAAGGAGUCACCCAUCAUGAUCCUCCUCUACUGUUUCAUCUCUCAAGAGACCCUUCAGAAGCCAAGCCUCUGUCAGCAGACAGCGAACCACAAUUUUACACAAUUCUUGAGAGAAUAAACAAAGCUGUAGAAGAACAUCGCAAAACUCUCACCACUGUCCCACCACAACUGUCUGUCUACAACAUCAUCUGGAAACCCUGGCUCCAGCCAUGCUGUGGGUCAUUUCCAUUUUGUUAUUGCGACAAAGAAAAGAACAAUAUGUAAUAUGGUCGUAAUUUCUGAAGUUGUUUGUCUUUCACAUUUUAUCAAGUCUAGAAAAAGAAACUCUCUAAACAAUGUAGCAUUCACUGGAUGAAAUAAAGAGGAGAGUUUAAAAUG